AUGGAUUAUUUGGAUUAUUAGGAAGAAAUCAAUCAAAAACAUCAAACCAUCAAACUAUUAGAAGAGGAGAGAGAUACCUUGAUUCAAAAUGCAAAUGCAUUACAAACCAAUUAGAUUGUCUUGGAAAAAGAAAUCACAAGAUAGAAAACCAAUAUUGCUAAUUAUGAGGCUGAACUCAUAGAAUUGCAUAAGGAGAGAAAAUCUUGUGACGAGCAAAUUCAAAAGUCGCAGAUUUAAAUAGAAUCCUAUGAACAAUAGAUUACGUAACUCAAUGAAGAUCUGAAGAAAGUCACCGUUCAAUGCGAUGAAGCCUUGUAACAACUCCAACAAAUUUAGAGUAGACAUGAAAUUGAAAUUAAAACACUUCUUUAGUAAUUAAUGAAUGAGAAGGAGAAAGUUAAUGAAAUCAAUGAUGAAAAUCUCCUUAUUAUCAAUAAUAAAUAAAAUGAAAUCGAUUUAUUGAAUGAAAAACUCAAUGAACUUGAAAAACAAAUCCAAUCUAAUCUCUAAAAUCAUCUAUCUGAAGUAGAAUAAUUGAAUCAAUAAAUAGAAUCUGCAAAGUAAGCAAAAGAUGAGGAUUGGGAAUAGACUGUCAAAAUAUUGCAGAAUGAAAUUGAUGAUCUAAAUAAAACAUUAUAUGAGAAGGAACAGAAUAACAAAACAGAUCCAAAAAUUGAAGAGUUGAAUCAGUACAUCAUAGAACAAGAAUAAUAAUACAUUAAGCAAUUUGACACUCAAGAGGAAAAGAUGAAAUCAUUGCAGAAUGACAUUGGACUAUUGAAUUCUCAAUUACUUGAAUUGUAAAAGAAUAAUGACAAUUAACUGCUCGAAUUAGCAGCACUUUAAUAGGAAUUACAACAGAAAAAUGAGAAUUGCUCUCAACUUACAAAUCAAAUUGAAGAUUUAAAAUAAUAAUAAUAAAAAUAAGUUAUAUCAUAACAAACUCAAUAAGCUUAAGCAGGUACAAAUAACAAUGCUGCUGAGAAAAUGGUGACCAUCUCAAUGAAGGAGUUAUUGAAUUGGGAUAAAAGGUCAAAAGAUCAAUAAAAUCAAAUUAAAGCUUUGUCUAACGAAAUUUAAUUACUAAAAAAUCAAUAAGAAGAGCAAUUAAAAUUAUAAAAUUCAAAAUAAAUGAAAUCCAAUCUCUCAUUAGAAGGAAUGGUUUAAAGGUGUUAAGUCUUGUAACAAAUCGUUGAUGAAACCAGCCAACAAAACUCCAAAAUUGCUUCAGAACUCAACACGUCUAAACUAUAAAAUCAAUAACUUAAAGACGAUCUGAACAAUUCUUAACAAGAAUUAAAAGAAUUGAGAGUGAUCGUCUCAGAUAAGUUUAGACUGGAAGGAGAAUUAGCAUCUGCACACAUUUAAAUUUCAGAAAACAAAGAUCUAAUGAAGAAAUUUAAUGAACUUCAAUCCAAUUAUGAGAAUAAGGAAGAACAACUAGAAACAACCAAAAAAACCUUGAGAUAAAGUGAACAACUUAGAAACAAUUUAUAAAUAAAAUUAGAUGAAAUCACUAUCUAAUAUCAAAAAACCUCAUAAGAAUUAGCUAAUGUCAAAUAGGAGAGGGAUUAAAAAAAUAUAAAACAAAAAGAUUUAGAAAAACUAUUGCAAUCUUAAUUUUAAGAAUAUUCAAGUCUUGAAUCAAAAUAUAAGGAAUCUUAAAUCAAUUAUGAAGACAUGUAAAGCUAAGUUAAAAUUUUAUAAAAAAAAUACUCUCACGUAACUUAUCAAUCAGUAUCUUAGGAAACAGAAUAAUUAAAGGAAGAAUGUCGUUAAAAACAAAAGCUGAUACUUACACUAGAAGAAUCCAAUAAGUCCUUAAUUAAUGACCUUUAGGCUUUAAGAGAAUUGCAAUUCAGAUAAAAGGCACCUGAAGCUCCUCUUACCAAAAAAGAAAGAAUUGUAGUUGAAUCCCUUUCAUUAAGAGUGUAAGAACUUGAAUUGGAGAAUAAAAAAAUAAAAGAAACUUUGUGUGCUAAAAUUGUCCUUUUAUAAAAUGAAUUAGAGCAGAAGACCAACUGUAUCAAUUAGAUUGCCAAUUAAGUAACAAAAUAGGUUCCAUCUUUAUCAGAACAAAAUCAAUUGGAUAAGGAGGAUGUGAAAAUGAUACAACAACUCAAGAUAAAACUCAACAUUCAAGAAAUAUUAGAGAAAACCCUAAUUGAAAACCUACAGUUAAGGGACUAGAUUAAGGUGUUAGGAACCGAAAUCAAUAAAAGAAAAUGA